AUGCCAAGUUCAUUCUGUUGGAUAAAGCCUGGUAACAUUGGAAGGGAAAAACUAGACAUGUUUGCACCGGUGGCAGACGAGACUGCAGCAGUGCACGAGUGUGAUGCAUUUGAGCCUGGCCAAUUUAUUCUUUUAGCCAAUGGCAUACUCUCAUACAAUUGGAACAAUCUUAUUUCGAGGGAAGGCAGAGAAAAAUUGGUGGAGAGUGUAGAUGGUGAGAAAGAGGGGAAAGUUCAUCCUUCACUUCGCCAUCUCUCUUGUGAUGCCAAACAGAACCUAAAGCCACUUGAAGAAAAUUUUGCGACUUCUCAUUGCAGCUUAGUAUGA